CAAGGAUUCACCGGUAGACAUCUCCAGCUGAUACCUUAGCUAAUUUCAGAUACCUUAGCUGUAUCUAACAGUCUCGCUUGUUAUACCUCUAGCUAACAAUUGCUCGUCUAUACUUUCCACAAUGGUACCAACUAAAGGAUCUGACCAAGGCGUCGAGAUAGCGAGUGAAGAUAACUCACGUCUUCCGACUGCCGAGCCUCACAGGAAUGAGAGCCUUUCUAGCGAAGAAGUUGUGAAAAAGAUUUGUUUCGCAAGCGGAUGCGACGUUGCCUCGCAGCCAAUUUCUGGAGAUGCAGCCAUUCCCGAUCAGGAGUACUUGGACCAGCUAAUUCGUGACAAGGGUGAUCUACGUUCGAUGCACGCGGCCCCGUUUCGCCACCUGAGCAGGCUAAUUGAUAGAGAGAUCGCCCGCGUCGUUGCCGCCAUGUCAGCGCAAGUGCACACUGAUGAUUCAGUGGAAGAAGAGCACGGAGACAAAGUCUGCCUUACCGAAAUGAUCCUAGUUCCAGUGGAUCGCUAUCCAAGGUACAAUUUCGUCGGACGUAUUUUGGGUCCCCGUGGCAUGACUGCAAAGCAACUGGAAGAGGAUACUGGGUGCAAAAUCAUGGUCCGCGGAAGAGGCUCCAGUCGAAUGAACGGGUCAAGGCGUGAACGCAGCAAUGACACCGAGCCAUUGCAUGUUCUCAUUCAGUGUGAAGAUUACGAGAAGAGAGCUCAGCAGAAGAUGAGGAAUGCUGUCGAGGCUAUCAAUCAGCUGCUUCAUCCUCCUCCUGAGGGUAAGGACGAACUUAAGCGUAAGCAACUCAUCGAGCUGUCAAUCAUCAAUGGCACCUAUCGUCCUACCUCGGCAACAAAGGGCGCACUGCGUAGCAGCGAAACAACUCGUCCUUCAUCUCCUGCGCAUUUUUCACCCACCAUGGAUAAUUCGUCUUACACUGAGCAAGCCCGCCUCCUUUCGCAGUUCGCUGAAGCUGCAAAACAGGGCAAAAAGAGUGAAGUGGAGGAUCAGUACGCAGCUCUCGCUCAGAUGCUGACAACCAUCAAUCCAAUGCAGCAGCAGCAGGCUAAUAACGUGAACUGUAAUUACUACGACUACUACAAGAAUCUCCUCUCUUGCACUCUGAGCGAUCCUGCUUUCUUGUCCAACCUGCUCCAGUCCCUUGAUCUUUAUGGCUUGGGAGUUCGCCAGGGAAUGCACCAUCCUGCCCAGCACCACCAUCACUUAGUAGGGCAACCCAUUCCGCCGAACCCAGUUCCACAUGCCAAUCUGCAUCAGUACCUCACUGCUGCGGCUAUGCUCAAUUCUGCCCCAUUCCCCAACGAUGGCUCCGGCGACGGCCCCAAGAACAAAAUUCGCAACUCAGCGUAGUCACGCAAUGUUCACUUCUUCACCUUCGUUAGUGGCUCGACCUCCGUUUGUUAAUAGUCCGUCUAACCUCUGACGACAACAUUGACUCAACCCAUCUUCGUUUUAACGUUUUUCAUGUGUUAGUUGCCUCGUUUUCAAAACAGUUGCGAAUUUCUGCCAUUUAACAUUUCUGUUAUCGUCGUCGUAAUAAAUUUGUGUUCUUUU